AUGCUGGUUUGGCUGGAUGAGCGUGGCAACCGCGUCUCCUCGUGCCAGCUGACGGCCAUCAAUUUGAUUGCCUAUGGCUUUGCGUCCAAGGCAUGGACCUUGGCGAAAGCUUCCGCGGAGAACUGCUUCUCGGUGCAUACACACACAUCAUCGAGCUGGAUCAACUUUGCGUGUACCGGGGAUGCUCAGACUUUCUCCAUCUUGCCGGUGCUCUCGAGACUUUGCGCACAUGUGCAGGGCUGGCCGGUUGGUGGCUCCUUCUCAUCCCGCUCUCAGCUGGUGCGUGCUCACGCCUGGUGUAAGGUGCAGAAGUCUUUCCAACAACUCGGCGUAGGCAACUUUUGCACCUACCUCCUGGCAAAGCUGGGACGCCCGGCUCGGCAACAAGCCGCCAUGCAGCACAACCCGGUCCUGCAACUCGGCCGGCUGGACGUGCAAUGCCUUCGGCUGGCCGUGCACCACUGGCGAGGCUCCCAGGAUGACUGA